UUACUCAUCCUCCUCUUAACACCCUCAGCCUCUUUAUUUAAACCCCAAUUUCAUCUCCAAACUACAUUUUUGUGGCUUUUGGGGUUAUUUUCAUAUUUUUCACUUAGUCCUCACUUGCUAUAAUCUAUAAGUGAUAUUUCUUGAGAAAAUUAUUAGUAAAUUGUGUAAUAAAAUGGCAGAGAUAUCUUACGGAGGUUUUAUGGGUGUCAUGGCUAUUUUGGCUCUUGUUUUCGCCAUUGUUUCACCUUAUGUUGAGGCUCAAGCUUCUGCACCAGCUCCUUCUCCUACAAGUGAUGGAACUUCAAUUGAUCAAGGAAUUGCUUAUGUGCUAAUGCUUGUGGCAUUGAUGCUCACAUAUCUUAUCCACCCUUUAGAUGCUUCCUCCUACACCUUCUUUUGAUUUAUUUAUUUAGGACUAGGAAUUGAGACAUUCAUUUAUGUUGGGGAUUGCUGUGAAUAAAUCUAUGAACCUUUAUUUAUUUAUUUUCAUGAGGUGAUGGGUGGAUGGUUUCCAUUUAUUUUUACUUUUUUGUUGUUGGUUAAAUACAGUUUUAUCGGUAGGUGUUAAUACCCUAAUUUUGGUAAGUUGAAUUCGAUUUAAACUUAAUCGAAUACCUAUUUUAAGUUGGAAUUUGGCUUGAGAUAUAAAUAAGUUAUUUAAGUUUGAGCUCAA